AUAGAAACUUCCAAGAUGGCCGAGUCCGUAGACUCCAUGCAUUUCGCAGCGAACAGCAAAACAAAUUCCCCCAAACCCCUGACAGCCAAACGGCCACCCGAAAGUCGUCCGCAGUCUUCCAGCGACAUUUUCCCAUCGCCUCCCAAGAAGGUCCGAGUGGAAGAGAAGGGCCUGAAGCACAGGAAACUGAACGGAGAGGCGUGCGCAGGGGAAAAACACAACGGGAAGCAGAGUUGUGGAAGCCCAGCGAAAUGGAGUUUCGGCCCGGCAAAGGCGAGCCACUCCACCGCCUCCGUAAUGCCAACUACCCCCGUAAGGAAAAUCUUCAAAAUCAGCAACUUCCUCGCUUCGCCUCACAAAGUGAAAAAGGCGAAGGAGAAGCGACACAAGGAGGAGAGGAGCACCGAAGCCCCGCGGAGCUCCGCCGCCGCUGUGGAGAGAGUGAGCCCCGCUAGCUGCCAUACAAAGACGGAGAACGGCGACGUGAAAACGCUGCAGCGAGAUUACGAUGUGAAGGAGAAAGACAGACAGAAGAAGAAGGAAAAGAAUAAAGAGCGGAAAACACACAAACUUCCACCUGUACAUGAGAUUGUGAGAGGAAAUGGAGAGGUGAUGUCCCCCCAGAAAGAGUCUAAAGAGAUACUCGGCGUUGGUUCAGAGGAAGAGCUGCUGCUGAAGAAACUCAAGAAGAAGAAGAAAAAGAAGCACAAAGACAGCGAGUGGGUGAAGGAGAAGCACAGCCGGCCCAAAAUGUACCACAGAUCCUCCCAGACUAUGUGCACAGGGGUGUCUGUAGGUCUGCCGGAGCUCCUUGGCCGAAUCAACGGGGACAGCAGCAGCAGUGGUCUAAUCCAUAGCACUACAAUACCACAACACUUCCAGGAUCCCACUGCUGCUCCUUCUACCACCAUCUCAUCCAUGGUCAGGGACAGGUACAGCUACAGCUGCACCUCGACGGCAGGCCUCCCCGAGCUGGAGUUCAGCCGUCUGAUCCACAUCGAGCAGCAGGCCAACGGAGGCGCCUCUGUGGUGCACGCCUACACCGAGGAGCUCUCCUGUCUGUCUCCAGCUGAGAUGGAGCGCUUUGCUGAGGAGUUUGUGAGCCUGUCGUUUAGCGAGGAUGGGGCCCAGGCUGCGCGCUUUGUGAUGGGAAUCAUUCAUGGAGCCGCUUCCUACCUCCCAGACUUCCUGGACUACUUCUCCUACAAGUUUCCCAACGCAACAGUGAAGAUGGAAGUUCUUGGAAAGAAGGACAUAGAGACCACAACCAUGGUUAAUUUUCACUCUCAGGUGAAGAGGACAUAUUCCCGGGGAACGUACCGUGCCGGGGCCAUGCGGCAGGUCAGUCUGGUCGGAGCUGUGGAUGAAGAGGUCGGAGACUACUUCCCAGAGUUCCUCAACAUGCUGGAGGAGUCUCCGUUCCUGAUGCGAACUCUGCCUUGGGGAAGCUUCUCCAGUCUGCAGCUGCAAAGCCCGACAGAGAGCGACGACGGCCCCAUCAUGUGGGUCCGACCCGGAGAGCAGAUGAUCCCGAUGGCAGACAUGCCAAAAUCACCCUUCAAAAGGAAAAGGUCCACCAACGAGAUAAAGAAUUUGCAGUAUCUGCCCAGAGCCAGCGAGCCCAGAGAGAUGCUGUUUGAGGACCGUACGAGAGCCCACGCCGAUCACAUCGGUCAAGGCUUUGAAAGACAAACCACAGCUGCUGUAGGAGUGCUGAAGGCGGUCCGCUGUGGAGAGGACAGCGACACUCCUGCCCGGAUCACCAAAGACGUUGUUUGUUUCCACGCCGGAGAUUUUCCAGAUGUGGUCAUGAGGCUGCAGCUGGACCUCCACGAGCCCCCACUGUCUCAGUGCGUCCAGUGGAUAGACGACGCCAAGCUGAAUCAGCUGAGGAGGGAGGGAAUCCGAUACGCACGUAUCCAACUGUACCACGAUGACAUCUACUUCAUCCCGAGAGGAGUCGUCCACCAGUUCAAGACUGUCUCCGCCGUCUGCAGUCUGGCCUGGCAUAUCCGACUCAAACAAUACCACCAACAGGAGCAGAAAAAGGAGGAGGAUGUGGGUGAGGAGAAAUGGUCACUAAGUGAAGCGUUGCAUCGAAUAAAACAAGAAGAAGAUGUGGAGGACGAGGGGAGUAAGUGUAACUUUGCAUUACAAAUGGUGACGAAGGUGGAGAAUGAGGACAUGGAGGGACGAGAGGACCCACCAUUGCCAACCCUGCCUCAUAGUUUCAAGGAGAAAGACCAAGAUGUCCAAGAAGAGAUGAAGGAGUCGCCAGGAACACAGUCGCUGCCUUCAGUCCAAAAUGAAAGAGAGGAGGUUGUGUUCAGUCCCACACUAAUGGCAAUUAAAGCAGAAGAGGUGGAGGAGGACAGAAAGGUUGGUGCAGAGACACAUCAAAGACUGCAGGGUCAAGAGGAAGGUGGACAGGACGCUCCUUCCUUAAAGUCCCUACAGCAAAUGAAGACGGAAAGUGAUGUGGAGGAAGAGCAGCAGCAAAAGGCAGCUCUGCCAGACAAGACUAAAGAUGAAACAACAAGCACUUACAACACACCGCAAAUCAAAAAAGAAAAGGAUAAAGGUAAAAGAGAGAGAGAUGAAAAGGAGAGGAUUAAGGAAAGGAAGGACAGGAGUAAGGAGAAGGACAGGGAGAAAAAAGACAGAGGAAAAGACAGAGAGAGGGAGAAGGUUAAGACAGAAGGAGGAAGAGAGGGGAGCACCCUGGUCCUGCCGCAGAUAAAGAAAAAGGAGGAUGAAGAGCGGACAAGGGAAGGAAUUAAAAGCUCCCAAACUGUCCCGUACUCUCAGAGAGACGAGAAGUGGGCCAAGGAGUGUGACUCGAAAACACAAGCCCACCUCAAGAGAGACAAGGAGCACGAUAAGGACAGGGGAGCGGCUCAGUCCGGGCCCGAAAGAGAGGAGGUCCGAGACUCCUGCUUGCACAAACAAAAGUCUGCACAUGGGAAGAAAGAGAAGAGCAGCCUCAAGGAGGGCAAGGACAUCAGCGCAGCAAGUACGCAGGGGAGACUGGGGAGAGAGGACGGAAAGACACACAAACAUAUAAACCUGCAGGGGAAGAAGGAAGGCAAGAAGGAGAAAGAAGGCAGCAAAGAGGAGAUCAGGAAGAAGCCUGAACACAAACCAGCACGGACGCUCUUCACUUUUGAUCUCUUUAAACCCAUGGAGGCUCACCAAACACUGGCUCUUUCUUUAUCAGACAGUAGACCCAAACCUCAACAUCACACUGACUCUCGAGGUUCUUCCUCCAAGUCUGGGUCAGACACUCGGACAGUUGUUUCCUCUAAAGGACCAAAAGUAAAGAACUCGUUGCAGGGAAAACCUGCGACGGCGGCGUUGCAGGACUCCAUAAAACAGUCUCUGAGGACACAAACACAAAAAGACUUCUUGAUAUGAAUGACUCCACGUCUUCUGUUUUUUUUUCCCCUGAACUACUCAUGCCAAGGCUUUGUUAAAAUAUUUGACAGUUCAUCCUACUCUUUAAAAGGCAACCAUUCCAUAAAUUAGACCCAGCCACAUUAUUCCUGUGACGCAGUGAGACAAGGAUGCAUACUUCGAGUAUUUUAACAAUGCCGGAGAAUGUAAGCAAAGUAUCACACUUCACGUUUGUCCGCAGAUGUACGAAGGCUUUAACAUGAACUGUUAGGGUGACCCGUGUGGUGCAUGUGCACUACUUAGCUUCGCUCCUAAAGCACCUAUUUUAGGUACUCAAACCAAUCUGAAAACAAUCAUCUUUACAGUGCCUUGCAGAAGUAUUGAUGCCCCUGUAACCUUUUCAUGUUUGGUCAUGUUACAACCACAAAUGUCAGUGUAUUUCUUUGGGAAAUACACCACAACGCAAGGUAGUGAAGAAUUGUGACGUGGAGGGAAAAGGUUACAUGACCGAACAUUUUUAAGAAAUAGUGGCAGGCGUUUGUAUUACCCUUUCUCUGAUACACAAAAAUUAAAUACAGUCCAGCAAAUUGCCUUCAGAAGUCACUUAAAUAGUAAAUGGAUUUAACCUGAAUUGUAUCCGUCCCCCUCAAGUCAGGUCUAGACCAGGGGUUUGCAGCCCUGGAGCUGCGUGUGGCUCUUAAGAGUCUCCAUAGUGGCUCUAGAUAACUUUGGCCAAAAUAACAUACUGAGCAAUGUUUUUAAAUCUGGAGCUAAUGAAAAUGACUUGUUUUAGGCCAUUUCUGCAUCGUAUUUAUACAAUAGAACGAAACUAGUGGUGUAAAUAACAUUUUUUAUAAGAUCACAAACAGCUUUUUUAUUUUCCAUAAAUUUGGAAUUCAAGAAAAUGAAUUUAUUCUCUUCUUGUAAAAGUUAGAUUUUACUCUAAAAUUUAAAUACACAGUUAAAACAGCUUUUUCUUGAUUUAUUUGUUGAACAAACACAUUUUCUAUUGGUAGAGAUAAAGUAUUUAGCACAAACUGAAGGGACUGUGCUUUUUCAGAGCGGUGUAACUUUGUAGCUCUGGAAAACAUGCAUUUGCCAGGACAAAAGACAGAAGUAGCUAUUUGGAUGGUAACGAUUGCUUACCCCUGGUCUAGACUUUGACUGAACCAGUGUAACAAAUAGGCUUCGACCUAAGCCACUUCAUUCUAGCUGUCGCUGUAGGUUCAGGGUUGUCCUGCCCGACAGUGAACAUCCACUCAGGUCUAAAGUCUUUUGCAGCCUCAGCCCUGUAUUUAGCUCCAUCCAUUGUACAAUAAACUGAGCUGUGUUGGUUGCACUGAAUUUUAGUUGGUGGUAUCAGAGUAAACGGUUGCUGACAUCGAAUGCACGGCACACUUCAUAGAUUUUGAUCUAUUGAAUAUUUUUGAAAAACAUGCAUCAUUUUUCUCUCCACGUCAGUUAUGCACUCUGUUUCGGUUAAUCAGCUGAGAUUCCCAUAAAGUACAUUGAAAGUUGUGGUUUUAGCGUGACGCAACGCUUGCGAAUACUUUUGCUAGGCGCCGUACAACAUUAACCAUUUGGGACAUGACAGUAAGUCCUCCACUGGUCUGAAAUCAUCUUACUGUUGCUUUGGUUGGCGGGCUUCAUCGUUUAUAACACUCCAAAAUCAAGAAUCUAGCAGUUGUUUUCAGACUGGACUGUUUGACACACACAGGGCUGUAAAUUAUACUGUAAGUACCAAAACUGUACAGUAUAGAUGUUAUUAGCACCAGUGUGAGAAAAUGUAUACAGAUAUUGCAUAUAUUUUUUGUAAGACAGGUUUUAUUUUCCAUAGAACUUAUUUAUAUCAUUUACUGUCUGUUUUUAUUUGAAAACCAAUGUAUGUGAAAAUUUUGCUGUAAAUACAUUUUAUUUCCUAAGAU